AUGGUGAAGCCACAUCCGGAUCGAGACCCACUCCUGGGAUCAUCAUUGGCCAGUUUCUUCAAGAACAAUCCACGCCUCGAUUACAAGAAGAGGCGUGAACUGGGUAGCAGAUUGGGGUUAACCCCUAUGCAGAUUAAGUUUUGGUUUCAAAACAAACGAAGCCACAUGAAGAUCCAAAAAGCGAAGACUGAGAAUGACCAGUUCCAUUUUCAAUCUGAGGAGUUAGCUUUUGAAAUCAGGAGGUUAAAGGACAUGAUCAAGAAUUCAUAUUGUAGCAGCUGUGGAAGGCCAACAGGUUUAGCAGAAAUGUUAGAUGAUAGUGCUAGAAUGAGAGAAGAGGCACGUGGUUUAUCAUUAGGGAAUACUUCAAUUGACCCUGAAAGAUUCAUAAUGCAACAAAGUGAAGCACAACCAAUAAUCAUGCCAUGUAUCGGGCUUCCUGAACAAGUAAAAAAGCAAUUAAUACUUGGGAUUGCAGUUUCAGCAAUGGAAGAGCUAAUCAAAAUGGCUUAUAUUGGCACACCGCUAUGGACCACUAGCACUAGUAGCAAUGCCUGUUUCUUAAAUGAAGAGGAGUACCACAUGAUGUUUCCGCAAGCAAAUAGGACAAUGCCUACUGGAUUCAAAUGUGAAUCCUCUCGCGAAACUGCUCUUAUUAUGAUUAACCCUCUUAAACUUGUUGAAAUUCUCAUGGAUGUGUUCCAAUGGGCUACAGUUUUUGCUGCAAUAGUGGCAAGAGCUAUUACCCAUGACGUUGUUGCACCUCGAGUUGCAGGAAGCUAUAACGGAUCCUUACAAGUGUUAACUGCUGAAUUCCAAGUGCCCUCACCCCUUAGUCCGAGUCGGGAGGCCUACUUCGCUAGGUAUUGUAAGCAGCUUGAAGAUGGGGGCUGGGCAGUUGUGGAUGUUUCCUUGGAUUCUUUGUGCCCUCUCCCACUAGUGAGUUCUAGAAGACGGCCUUCUGGAUGCUUGAUUCACGAGAUGCCUAAUGGAUAUUCAAAGGUUACUUGGGUGGAGCAUGUUGAUGCAGAUGAUAGAGGUGUUCACAACAUGUACAGGGCAUUUGUCAACUCCGGCCUCGCAUUUGGGGCGAAAAGUUGGAUUUCCAUUUUGGAUAGGCAAUGUGAGCGUCUGGCAAGUGUCAUGGCACCGCCUUUUCCUACUACUAGUUCUGAAACCAUUGAAGGAAGAAAAAGCAUGUUAAACUUAGCUGAGAGGAUAGUGACAAGCUUUUGCGGCAGCAUGAAUGCCUCCAGGGGUCACACUUGGACAACAUUAUUUGGAAAGGGAGAUGAUGAUGUUAGGAUUAUGAUCAGAAAUACUGAAGCUCAUUCAGGCAGCCCUUUAGGUGUUGUGCUUAAUGCUGCAAUUUCAUUCAAGCUUCCUGUUCAUCCCAAUAUAGUGUUUGAUUUCCUUCGUAGUAAGGACACUCGAACUCAAUGGGAUGUCCUCUCUCAUGGCGGAGAGCUUCAAGAACUGGCAUACGUUGCUAAUGGCGGUGACACUGGUAAUCAAGUGUCCUUGUUUCGCGUAAUUACUGUUGGUGAUACCACUAAGAACAUGUUCAUACUUCAAGAGAGUAUUAUUGGUCCUACAGGUUGCUUUGUUGUUUAUGCACGACUGGAUGUCGUUACGAUAAACAAGGUUCUAAGUGGUGUAGACUCGACCCUUGUGGAAAUUCUUCCGUCUGGAUUUGCCAUAGUUCCGGAUGGAAAUAUUGAAAGUGGUCAACUUGGUUGUGGAUCUGUCGUGACAGCACAAUUUCAGAUCUUAGUUGAUACUUCUCCAACUACGAGACUCUAUCUUGACUCAGUUACUACUAUCAACACCUUUGUCACCGCCACUGUGAAUAAGAUCAAGGAUGCAAUGGGAGGCUCGUCAAGUGCAGCAGCUGCUUGGAAUAUAUAA